AUGGUAGAAGACUCUAUAUUACUAGUCGAUAAUUCUCAACCUGUGGAAUCAUCAUAUUCUACAAACCCCCCUGUUGCUUCAGGAUCUACAUCUUCCUCACGACCAACUCCAACUGAUACAGUACAAUUUCCAAUUAAAUUAAUCAAUUGGAGUUUAGAUCCCCAAAAUCAAACCAUUAUAACCACCCCGAUAUUAUUACAAGAAAUAAAUGGUCCAUGUCCAUUAAUUGCCUUAUGUAAUACCUUAUUACUUAAUAAUGAUAUACGAACCAAUUCAUUUAUUCUGGAUGAAGGUGAAGGUGAAGGUGAAGAUGAAGAUAAGGGAGUUGAUCAAUUGAAAUUUGAAGCUUUAAAUAAUUUUAAAACUAAUAUUAUUAAUAAAUAUCAUAGUUUAGGAAAAAUUGAUUUACAACAAGUAUUAGAAUAUAUUGGUGAUUUAUUAUUGAUACACACAGAGAAUAAAACUGAUUGGAAUAGAAACCACCAGAACUACAACAACAGCAGCCAAAAAGAAUUUACUAUCGAUGAAUUAUUAUUGAAAUUACCAUUAUUACAUACCGGGUUAAAUGUUAAUCCAAUAUUAAUUUCAGGAGAUUUUGAAUAUGAUUUGGCAACACAAUUAUUUGAACUAUUUGAAUUAAAAUUCAAACAUGGUUGGAUUAUUGAUCCAAUUAAUCAACAUGGGCACCACCACCAAGAAGAAGAAGGAAAUUCUCAAGAUUCUCAAAAUUCUCAAAAUUCUCAAAUUUGGACUAAUCAAGAAUAUGGAAAAUUAGUUAAUUUAUUUGAUCAAUUAGAAAAUUUUGAUAAAAUUCAAGAUUAUUUAUUAUUAGAUCAACAACAAGAUAAAGAGGUUUUGGGAAAUAAAUUAUUAAUUGAAAAAUGGUUAAAUUUAAAUCAAACUCAAUUAACUUUACAAGGAUUAAAUAAAUUAAAUGAUGAAUUAGAUAUAAAUCAAUUUAUAAUUUUUUUCAGAAAUAAUCAUUUUAAUACAUUAUUUAAAAAAUCAAAUCAAGAAUUUUAUAUUUUAUUAACUGAUUCAUCGUUUGUCAAUAGUAAUAAGUCAUCAAAAAUAAUAUGGCAAUCAUUAAAUAGUGUAUCUGGUAAAGAUGAUUUGUUUUUCAUGGGUGAUUUCACUCCAGUCUUGGAUAUUGAUCAAGAUUUACCCAAUGUCAAUACUAGUAAACUUGGUGGUGAUAUUUAUUCUCAAGAUCAAAAUCCAGAUUAUUUAUUAUUGAAACAAUUACAAGAAGAAGAAGAUCAAAAAUAUGCUGAAAGAUUACAAAAUAAUUAUAAUAAUAAAUCACGUCAAUCUAAAUCUAAAUCUAAAUCAAGUUCAACAACAAAAUCGAGCCUUUCACUGAAUCUAAAUCCACUGGAUCCAACAACAACAACAACAACAAUUACUGAAAAAUUGAAUUCAAAAGAAGUUAUCAAUAAAGAUGAAAAGAAAAAGAAGAAAUUAAAUUGUACAAUUGUAUAA